UAUUUCCGGUAUUUUGGAGUUCUCCUUCUUUUUCUUCCUAACUAACAUUUCUGUCGAGAUUUCUCCGGCUGUAUCAACUGCACCUGCUUUGAACACAUACAGAGGCAUAAGUUGAUGGUGUUUCUGACAAUCCAGGUACAGAAACCAUUGACCGAGGAGCCAUCAUAGCGAGGCAGGCAUCGUAGACCUCCGUGCAUUGUUGACCUUGAAAUACGGACUGAAGGUUAAUUGGGAUCUAGGAAUACAAUACCAGCUGUCCAGCACUGUCUGCCAGGACCUGAUGUUUUACAAGUGUUGCUGACAGGAUGGAUAGAAGGUUAUCCAUUCAGAGUUAUACAAACGUUGGUGGGAGACCAUGGAAAAUGUUUGGAGGUGGAUUCAUGCCAUAAAGUCAUGUCUAUAGUAUUCCAGGGACAUGACAAUCCAUGUUUAGUUUAUAGAGAAGUUUACGUGACUUAUACUUGAAGUUUUGAGCGUUAAACUGGGCGAGAUUUCGGAAAACAGACAACUGCUAGACUCUGAAGUAGAGGUAGAGGUCAAACGAAGGUCAAAGCCAUGAGUACUGAUGAUGAUAGUUCCAAAAAUGGUGAAGCAGCAUCUGGGAUGCACCGAAGUGGGAGCGACAAUGUUCUCGUGAAACCGACAGUACGCUUUCACGUUGAAAACUGCGAGGAAACUGAAAAACAGUCUGAGAAUGGCACUGUUGAAAGCCCAGAGCACAAAGAGGAAUCAGUGGAAAACGGAGAUCACGCGUUCUCUGAGGAAGGCUCGCCAGUGCGACCGGAAGGACAGGGUCUAGCGACGGAAUCUCCACGGAUACGCAGUCCGUCUGUGGCAGAGGUGAAGGGAAAGGCGUACGAGAGAUUACAGGAGGAACUAAGUCGAGCACAACAGGAACUAUUGCUGAAAGAUGAAGAGUGUGAGAAGUUGUCUCGUGUCCGGGACCAAAUCGGCCAGGAGCUGGAAGAGUUGACAGCCAGCUUGUUUGAGGAGGCCCAUAACAUGGUUAGGGAAGCCAAUGUGGCACGGGCAUCUGCAGAAAAAAGACUGAAGGAAGCCAACAGUAAGAUUGACAUGCUUCAGGCUGAGGUGGAGGCCCUGAAGACUCUGGUCAUCACGUCCACUCCCAGCAUGCCCAACCACCAGCACCACCCGCAGCUCCAGGCCCCCGCCAAGUCCGGCAUCACGGCCGCGCACUUCCAGACUCACAAACGCUCCACCAGCUUCGAGCCGCAGACUGCCAAACAGAAACAGGCAGCCGCAGCCGCAGUGGUGCCACCGGAGGGUAGAGAACAGGAGGAGGUUGAGCUUGACCCUACCCUACAUCAGGAGUUCGUGACGUGGCGGAAGAGUCCAAGUCUAACGAGGGACGUGCCAUUUCUCGCCAGGAUAUACAGUGAAGACAUCCUGCCAUGUCUGGAGUUUAAAAAUGCAGAGUUGGCUGCUGCAGUUCAAGAGGCAGUAGAGAAGAACACAUUGUGUAUAGAGCCGAUAAACGGAGUAUCAUCAUUUCCAAGGUUAUGUGCUCUAAGUCAGGUGACCAAAGUGUGCAAGUAUAGACUCAAACUAGAGAACGACGACAAGACAUACAACAUCUCACAAGCCACCAGGAAUAGGAUAGCUGCCGUAUGUGACUUCAUGACGUAUAUCAGAUAUAUCCAGCUUGGAUUGGUCAAGUCAGUAGAGUUGCCCAUGUAUUUAGAGAUUGUCCGGUUGCGUAAGAAGAUGGCACUGGCCAAGCUGGGCUGUCUACAGACGAUGGGCUGAUGUCUGCUGUGUUCGUCAUUCUCAACUCAGAAUACGUGACUGUAAACAUGGAAGUUCCUGUAGCAGGCCAGGUAGCAUGCCGUUCUGAAAUACUGACAGCAUUCCUGUGGUGUGUGAGUCAAAUCCUUGAUGUGUAGUGUUAGAGACAACAGAAAAUGAACCAGUCAUUUUGUGUGAGUCUGACAGAAAAUGCUCAUUUGAAGAACUCACUGAAGAUAUGGUACUUCUCAAUAUGAUUGGUAAAGCAAUGGUCUUUCUAUAGAUAUAGACAUUGUUUCUUGUCGGAAAGGUGUAAAAAUACUGUAAAUCGUGAAAUGUUUGUGGUGGUUUUAUGUUUCACGCUAACCUCGCCACUGCAAGUUCAUGACACAGGAAUAUGUAUUUCUGGAAUAUUUUUUUCUGGAAUAUAUAUUUCUAUGUUUUACAGGAGUUAUACAGAUUGUUUCAACUCUGGACUUAGAAUGCAGCAAAAAAGUAAUUUUCCAUUUCUACCACAAAAUGGACUGAAAAUUAAUGAGUUUACAGUACCCUAAAAGAGUCAGUGCGUGACUGAAUAUGUAAAAUAUCUAGCAAUCAAAAAACUUAAAGUUGUACAUGCAAAAAAAGCCAUGGUUUUGAUUUCUGUGAAGUGGUGGUGUUCUUUCAUAUUUUUCAGUCACUCUGUCCCCUAUAGCUAGUAGUAGCCAAAGGGGCAGUCUGUCGGUCCACAAAUAUUGUUACAAUUGAUAUGCUUUUUUAAUUUAUUGGCUUGUAUAAUUUUGGAUUGCCAUUGAUUCAAACCACCAAGGAACCCAAUGAAUUUUCCUAUUCCUUUAAUGUAAAUAUCUUUAUUGUAAAUAGAAACAAAAAUUUGGUACAAACGUAUAAUUUGUAGUCCAGAUUGUGAAGUAGUGAUACAAAUAUAGUAGUACUUUUGGUCUAUUUUCUUAGUAUUUCUACCCAAUGUAACAUUUGUCAACAAAAAAAAACAAAAAAACACUGACUUGCUACAUGUUGUUUGCAUGUGACAGAAAAUGUGACAAAAAAUCUCCCAAGUUUAGCUUCUAAGUAAAAAACAAGGAAGCUGUCACAAGUGAUUUUGUAAAUGUAUUUGCUACCCGUUACAUGUACCUUUUUUAAUUAAUUUCAUGAGAAUGAGGAAGAUAUUGCAGAAAACGUAGAGAACCAUAGUAGUAGUGUCUCAAGUUAAUGGCAGCCAUUUUGAAAACCAUGACUUUACUCCACUGUCAUCUGUAUUAGGCUACCUGUGAUUGGAUAAUAUCAACAGAUUGAAAUGUGAAAUGUAUUUUUGUGCCAAUGGUUGCCAGGAAUACAUUUCUCAACCUUUGCAUGGUUUCUGUUUGUUUAGUUUUCCUCAUUUUUGUAGUAUCGGUAAAUAAUUUUUGUACACUAAUACUUUACCAUCACUUUAGACGCCAUAUUGGAUAUGUCUGCAAUUAACUGUAAUUAUAAAUUUAUAAUCAAUAUUAUAUAUUGAAAACACCUACCCUUAUAUGUAUAGCAUUAAUGAUAUGCCCUCCAAUGUAAAUAACAUUGUGACCUUAUAUAUAAUCAGCAAAUAAAGUGGUUUGUACCUGUAUAUACGACUUGGUUACAUCAUGUGAAAAACGCCACAUGUAUGUAAACAAAGACUGAUCGAAUCAUUACCAUAUCUGUUUUAUAGUAACAGUUGAGUGACUGUUUGAAAGCAAAUGGAAAUGUAAGAAUCAUAGCUUCAAUAUUGUAGCAUGUUUUAUGUUUCAUGAGUAAUUAUGAACAAUUUUCUUACUACUGUACCAUAUUUAUUAUGUAUACAGCAAGCCGAGAUUUCAGGAGAUGAUGAUUUGUGUAUGUGUAAAGCAUAUCAAUUAUGAAUCAUAUAAAGACCAGUCUAAUGAAUA